UGAAUCAGAAACAGGACAGCUAGUGACAGAAAGCUGCAAACACAACACGUUUUAUUUAUCAAGUUGUUCAGUUUCCUGCCUUGAAUAUCACCGGGUAACUAGUUUACACCACAGCCCCAAAACUGUACCAUGGUCGGUGUUAAAGUGAUCGGGAGCGACCCGGACUUCCAGCCGGAGCUAGCGGCCGCCGGCUCCAGGCUCGCAGUGGUGAAGUUCACAAUGGCCGGGUGUCGGCCCUGCGUUAGAAUAGCUCCAGCUUUCAACAUGUUGAGUAACAAGUACCCACAGGUCGUCUUCCUUGAAGUAGAUGUUCAUGUCUGUCAGGCGACAGCAGCAGCCAACAACAUCUCAGCAACACCGACGUUCUUGUUCUUCAGGAACAGGGUUCGGGUGGAUCAGUAUCAGGGGGCGGACGCUGCAGGUCUGGAGGAGAAAAUCAAACAGCACACAGAGAACGACCCAGGAAACAAUGAGGACUCCGACAUUCCAAAGGGAUACAUGGACCUCAUGCCUUUUGUCAACAAAGCCGGCUGCGAGUGCCUCAACGAGAGCGACGACUGUGGCUUCGAUAACUGCUUAAUCAAAGACUCCUCCUACCUGGAGUCUGACUGUGAUGAACAGUUGCUGAUAACUAUCGCCUUCAACCAGCCUGUGAAGCUCUUCUCUAUGAAGCUACAGUCUUCAGAUUUUGCCCAAGCUCCUAAGGUGGUGAAGGUGUUCAUCAAUCUCCCUCGAUCGAUGGGUUUCGAUGACGCUGAACGGAGUGAAGCCACUCAGACUCUGGAUCUGUCAGAGGAAGACUACAAAGAGGAUGGCUUGAUUCCUCUGCGCUACGUCAAGUUUCAGAACGUACAGAGUGUUACGUUGUUUAUCAAGUCAAACCAAGGAGACGAGGAGACGACAAAAAUCAACUACCUGACAUUCAUAGGCACUCCAGUGCAGGCCACCAAUAUGAAUGACUUCAAAAGGGUUGUGGGAAAGAAAGGAGAGAGUCACUGAGCAGGAGAAAGAAUGGCGAGGAAGAGAAGAGGAAGAGGAAGAGGAGGAAAAGGAGGCUGCAGAUACAUCCAAGGACUUUCCCUCAGCCAAAGCUGCCACACACACUCUACUGUCAGAUACACACACAGCCUCCAGCAGCCCUCCUCAAGCUCGGAAUGAAUUCUCUCUAUGGAGACUCUCAGUCUAUAAAUCAUUUGUAUUGUAAUUCUGAUGAAAGUCACUGUAAAUAAAACAAUCCUUUUUCAAAGGCA